AUGUUGGCAAAUACCAACCAAGCCUUCUGUAUGCGAGCUGACACUUCAUCCGUGAUGCGUCCACCGGAUGAACUGUUUGAAUCGUCCACCUCGGAUGAAAACCGCCUCUCUCGGUCGAAUAUGCGUGGUCAGCCCCGUGCACGACUGUUUGCCUACACAGACGGUCCGCGCAUGCAACGAGCCGGACGCCCCGAACACAACCGAGCACAGCCACCGCAUCAUCGUUCGUGGUCGAAUCUGAUCGCCCCGGGACAACAUCUGUGUUCGUGGCACGGUGCGGAUGAUCAGUGGGGCAACCUGGCGGAUACGCUCGAUCUAUCGAAUGAUUAUUCCACUUCAAAUGAGACAAUUACAGGCCCGCGUGGUCGAGUCGACAGAUCACGGGUCAGGGAAACUCGGCCGGUCAGUGGAGUGGAAUCGGAUUCUACCAGUCGGAUACGAUCCGUACGAUUUCAAAUUGAUCCACAUCGAGGGACCGGAAUGAGUCUGGUUGGUGGCAAUCUGACCGGGGUUUUUGUUUCCAGCGUGCAACCGGACUCAGUGGCUGAUCAGGCCGGGAUUGGGGAAGCGGAUCAAUUAAUGAAGAUAAACGGUCUCGAUUUGACCGAAUGGACCAAAGAAGAGGUCGCACUGGCCCUGAUUGCCGAGGACGGUCCAGUCGUGCUCGAAUUGCGACACGAUCCGGUCGCCUAUGUGACCGUGCGGGAGACAAGGGAGGCCUGUGACAGUAUGUAUGUACGUGCGUAUUUUACACUGUGGCCCAACACAGCCCAAACACCUCGAGCAGCUCAAUCGGAACCGGGCGAGAUAUCCAUUUCGGAAGGGGAUAUUUUUCACGUGGUCGAUACAUUUGUGGAUGGGGUUUUCGGAAACUGGUUGUGUGCUGUUGCAAUAGCCCGAAAGCGAAGCAAACUGGGACAUGCAAAUGAUGUGGGCGUGCAUCAGGACGGACAAGGUCACACUGAGAGUUUGUAG